AUGGCAACGCAUGGUAAAGGUACGACACAGGACAGUGCAGAAGAAUACCACUCUCAGAUAGCGGUCGGCUUCUUUGGCAAUAUCCUGGUGAUCUAUAUCCACGCUGUCAGGCUGAAGAGAAGCACCACGCACCUGUUCAUCACCGCCUUGGCUGUUGCUGACACCGUUGUGUGCAUUGUGUGUAUCCCAGUAGAAAUUGUUGUAGUCCGUUAUCUGUACUCCUUCGAUAUCCCAUGGCUCUGCAGGGUGUUCCGGACGAUUGUCCUUGCCUGUGUGACCACUUCAAUAUCCGUGCUUAUAUCUAUCGCCGUUGACAGAUACAAAAAGGGUAUGCACUCCUUUCAAGUCUCAGAUUUCUGUCAAAAGGGCGAAAAUUGCAGUUGGUAUUGGCUGUAUUGUUGCUAUAACUCUUGCGUCACCCUCGAUGGUCAUUUUAGGCAGGAAGACGGUCAACAGAACUGUUGUCGGCUACGCAUGCAACACAAAUGGAAAAAAGAUUGCGAAAGCAUCUCUGGUCUUAGGAACGGGACACACAAGACCACGUUUAUGAUGUUCAUCAUCACGGCCGUGUUUAUUCUCAGCUUUGUUCCUCAUCUGGCUCUGAUGGCGACACGGGCCGUACAGAAACACACGUACGAUCACCUGGAGGGGGCGCCACUGGCUCUGUAUAACCUUUUCCUGAGAACUUACUUCAUCAACUCUGUAUCCAAUCCAAUCAUAUACGGGUUCAUGAGUGACAAAUUCCGAUCACAGGCAAAGAUUGUGUUCAGACGGAUGUGUUGUAAGAAGUAAUGUAAGUACUGAGAACUGUAUUCUUAUCAAUGUAUAAAAUAA